AUGGCGAAUGAGUUUGGAUUCGGGAUGGGUUCGGUUCUGGCGGUUGUCGUCUUUACACUCAUCUUAUUGUUCGUUCCGUUGAUGAUGGGGCCUGUGGCUCCUCCGUCCCCUCCACUCAUCUUGGUGUUUCCGGUCGUACUGCUGUUUGUGUUUCUCUAUCUCCAUUUUGUGUAA